AUGUCGACACACACAGUCAAGCGAAGGAAAUUAAGUCCUUCACCUACAAACGACACCUCGGCGACCCAGUCGAAGUCUUCUAACGGCGCAUCUACGACAAAUUCAAAGGGAGCCACCGAGAAACCAGCCCAUGUUUCCGCGCGGAAACCUGACAAUUCGUCAAAGACCAACUCAGCCCAUCGGGCAAAAGAUGAGCGUACUGCAGAGCUGGCAAUGGCUAGUGGCUUCUACAAGUCUGGUUUCUUCAAGCUGCAAGUGGAUGAACUGACGAGCGGAUUGAGAAUCAACUAUGACAAGCGGAUCUCGAAAGUCCAGGAUACCCUACACAAGGUGAAGAAUGCGAUGGAAGGCCUGCCUGAAAUCUCGCCGAAGUCAAUUGUGGACGCCGAAAAGGAACUGCGCACUGCCUCUGGAAUCCUGGUGCCGUGGCCCGAACCGCGCCCAAGCAAGGAUGCGAAAUACACCAUCUCGUAUGCGAAGCCGACCAACAUCAAUGUGGUAGGAAGCUUUGGGCUGAGAACGGGAGCCAAGUCUGCCGAGUCUCGUCCAGUCGACCUAGCUGUGACGAUGCCUAGCUCUAUCUUCCAAGAAAAGGACUAUGUCAACUACCGCUUCUUCCACAAAAGAGCCUACUAUAUUGCUUGUCUGGCAGCCGGUAUCCAAGAAACCGUCAACAGCCUUGGAUUAGAAGUCAAAUUUGGCUUCCAAGAUGGAGACAGUCUCCGCCCAAUAAUUUUGUUGGAGUCUCGUUCGUCGAAAGAGGAGACGCCGCCGUCGCAACCCCAAAUUCGAAUCCUGACCGCGAUUGAUCCGAACUUGUUCCCGAUCACACGAACGCUCCCGAUGAAGAACAACAUUCGCCAAGGUUCCUCGACCGAUACUACGGAAGCUGGUGAACCGACCCCCUACUAUAAUGCCAGUCUUCGAUCCGAAGCCACCGUGUCUCUCUACCACAAAUACCUCUACUCCGCCUCUCAAAAAUGUGACUCUUUCCGCGACGCUUGUAUUCUGGGACGUACUUGGCUCCAGCAACGGGGGUUCUCAACCUCGUUCCAAAAGGGAGGGUUCGGAGGUUUCGAGUGGUCCGCCCUUAUUUCCCUGCUUUUUGAAGGUGGCGGACCUUCCGGACAACCAAUUCUAUUGCGGUCUUAUAGUAGCUACCAGAUUUUCAAAGCGACCAUGCAAUUCCUUGCUGGUCGAGACUUGUCUACUCCUUUGUUCCUGUUUGCCUCGGAUGUUCCUGUUCCUGAUGGCGGGCCCGUGCUAUACGAUGGUCGCAGAGGGCUGAAUCUCUUGUACAAGAUGACUCCAUGGUCCUAUUCGAUUCUCCGUCAAGAAGCUACGACCACCCUCAAGAUGCUGAAUGAGUCUCGUGAAGAUAACUUUGAUAGAGUCUUUAUCGUGAAAGUUGACGAGCCGGCCUUGAGGUUUGAUCGUCUACUCACUUUCCCCAAGUCGUUCAAUGGUGAUACUCUUCGGUCUCUCCACGACCAAAAGUCGGUGUAUCAAGUACUGUCCAGGGCUCUUGGAGAUCGAGUCAAGCUCAUCUCUCUGACCAGCCGCUCCGCUGAUUCAUGGCCUGUUAAAUCAAAGGCUUUGAAUAAGAAAGCCAGCCAUGAUCUGUCCGUUGGACUGAUGCUCAAUGGCGAAAAUGUCGGCAGGACUGUUGACCACGGACCGGCCGCGGAGGAGAAGGAGGAAGCCGCCUCUUUCCGUGCCUUUUGGGGGAGAGAAAGCAGAACUGCGUCGAUUCAAGGAUGGCAGUAUUGUGGAAAGUCUUGUUUGCCCGACGAAGACUCCAUUGUGCAUCAGAUCUUGGCUCAUAUCCUGCAACGGCACUUCAAGAUUGCUGAAGAUGAUUUCUUCCUGCAUGGUGACGAGUACGAUGACAUUCUGUACGACGAAGGUGACGAGGUCAUUUCGUACUCCAACUCACCUUUCCAGUCAAUCAACGACGCUUUCGGCGAACUGGAACAGUCACUUCGAAACAUGGAGGAAGUUCCAUUGUCGAUUCGACAUGUGGCUCCCGCCAGCCCUCUGCUUCGUUAUGCAGCCCUUCGAGUGCAGGGUUCCGAUGGAGACAACGAAGCAGCUGACAUUGUGCUCCAGUUUGAAAGCUCAUCACGCUGGCCCGACGAUUUUGCAGCUAUCCAGAUGACCAAGGCGGCUUUCCUCGUCAAGGUUGGAGACUCGCUUCAAGAUGCGGGUGCAGCAUCUUCUUGUCGCGUUGGUGUGGAGAAUGAGUCCAGCAAGGUGCUCAACAGUUUCUACUUGGAUAUCUUCCACAUUUCUGGAUUCACCUUCCGCUUGAGGAUUCACCACGACCGCGAACAGACUCUGCUGGAACGUCAGCUCAAGAACAAGUCUAUUAGUCCCCGGGAACGCGAGGAGAUUGCCUACGCACUUUUCUCAUACAAGAAAGCUUUCAUUCAAACUCCUCGCUUGACGCAAGCACUCCGAAGCCUGUGCACACGCUUGCCACUGCUGUCGCCUACGAUUCGGUUGGUCAAGCACUGGUUUGCUUCGCACCUGUUCUCUGCUCAGAUCAGCGAAGAGCUGAUUGAAUUGAUGACAACCCGAGCCUUCACACAGCCCUACCCCUGGGAGUGCCCGUCGAGUAUCAUGACUGGAUUCCUGCGGACUCUUCACUUCCUUUCCCGCUGGGAUUGGCAGCAAGAACCCUUCAUUGUCGACCUCAGCGGCGACCUCAACCCAGAAGUGACCGAGACAAUCAAGACCCGGUUUACCGCGUGGCGCAACAUCGACCCCGCGAUGAACACCAUUGCGCUCUUCGUGGCUUCGGACCUCGACACCGAGGGUGUGACUUGGACACAGUACGAGAUGCCCUCGAAGGUCGUAGCCGGCCGCAUGACUGCGUUGGCCAAGGCUGCAGUGAGCCUACUCCGCAAGGAACAUGACGAGCUGGAUGUGGCCGAAUUGUUCCACACUUCAUUGGCACCUUACGACUUUGUCAUCCACCUGCGCUCAAAACUACUUGGAGACGGAUCUGCUUCAGCGUCUAAAUACAAGAACCUUGCCGAGGCCAAUGUUCCCGGCCGCGCCAGCAAGUUGGCACUCGUGAAGUCAUUCGUGCGUGACGUCCAAGCAUGCUACAACCAGAGUAUUCUCCUCUUCCACGGCGACGAGCGCUCCGACGUCAUCGCAGGUCUAUGGAACCCGCAGACGCUGAAGCCCCGAACCUGGAACUUGAAGACGGCUUUUUCGACAGCGCCAGUCUCCUCAUCUGGUUCUUUGGAGAAGCAGGACAGCGUGAUCAUCAACCAGCCUGCGAUCCUGAACGAGAUUGCCCGACUUGGUGAGGGGCUCAUUGAGAAAAUCGAGACUUCGCAAUAA